AUGGCCGACUCCCAGCUUGGCCGCGAUCAAGAUGACGGUGGGGACCCGGAAUGUCUGCAACAGACUCAGUCACGAAGAGGGCAACUACCCGCGGGACGCUGGCUCUGGACCGCUGAUAUGAGUAUUGUUACACCCGCCUCGCAGAGCAUGGGCGAGAGACGACCUGGGUAUCCGCAGGCUCAAAGAGCAUGCAGUGGACUCGAAGUAUGA